UUUUACAAAACCUGCUACCUGCUGAUUUUUCUUUCCCAUCAUUUUUGACUACGAUACAUCAUGUUCAGUUUUCCCGGCUUUCUCAAGGCAGCCUCGGAUUGAGAUGGGGUAAACCUUUACUGUCGGUGAAUUUAUCCUUGGUGAUUCCAACCACAAACAUAUAAUUCUUCAGAAGGUUUCUUUCUGAUAAAGCUCCAGCAAGAAUGAUUUUGAAAAAGCUAUUAACAAAGCCUAAUACAGCAAUAUGUUGUGGCUGCUUCAAAAGAACUUCAUCAUUGAACCUUGGAAAAACCCGGUUCUAUACAGUUUUUCUAGUGAAUACCCCAAAAAGAAGCAGACUGGUUCCACCAAGAAAACAUUCAUUUCUUGAUGGUAAAGUUCCAUCUGAGACCAACAAGCUGGUAAAUAGAACACUGGUAACCUAUGGAGGCCUUGAAUGGAGCUGGAAAUUGACACGCUUUGGGGGAGUUGUUCUUGACCUCAGUCCAACUUUAUCAUUAGAUAAAGACAGAGGGAUCUUUUUAGAAGAAUUUUCAGAGCGUCUCAAUGAAUGGAUCAGGAAAGGCAGGAGAGGUAUUUGGGUGAAGAUACCUGUAGAACAUAGUGCUGUAGUUGCAGAUUUAUACUCCAUUGGCUUCAAGCUUCACCAUGCCAAACAGAAUUACAUUAUGAUGAAGAAAUGGCUACCUAUUGAUGAAGAAGACAAAAUGCCUCUCUAUGCUUUUCAUACAGUUGGUGUGUCAGGACUUGUUUUAAAUGAAGAAACUCGUGAAGCUCUGGUUGUUCAAGAUAAAGGCAAAACUCAGAUGUGGAAGUUUCCUGGCGGUUUCUCAGAGCCAAAUGAAGAUAUAGGAGACACUGCUAUUCGGGAGGUGAAAGAGGAAACUGGAAUUUACUCUGAAUUCAAGUCACUGCUUGCCUUUCGACAACAACAUACUAUGGCUUUUGAUCAGUCAGAUCUUUACUUCAUUUGUCACCUGCAUCCUUUGUCCUUUAACAUAACUAUAUGCCCCAAAGAAAUCAUGAAAUGCGAGUGGCUUCCUUUGGAACAUUUACAAACUACAGAUGAAGCAACGCCAAUGACUAAACUAGUGGCAUCCUUAGCUAUCAAAGGCUUAGAUGAUGAAUUUGAUGAUGUUUGCAUUAGUCCCCAUGAAAUGACCAGUUGGGUGCCACCAUAUGAUAAAAAAUUUAAGGUUUUUCACAGACCAUUUAAAUGCUAAGUAGUUUUAAGUGUGCAAUUUUCCAAUCUUUGUAGUAGACAUUUAUCUUUAAAGUUUUUAGCUUUUAUCAACUCUGACUUGUAUUGUAAUAGAUUUUAGGAAAAAUUGUCAAAUCACUUUAUUUAAUAAUGUUUUAUUUACCAA